AAUUUUUUAGUCCGACGUCUGGCUAUGGCAGGCUGUGGCAGAAGUGAAUUACCCUCGCCGUGUUGUGCAUAGCUGAAUGACCGCGUUGUUACAAUAAUAUAGCCGGACUGGCUCUCAGGAUAAAUGAAUCCACUUACACAGAUCAAAAACACACAGAAGGCAACUCGCCGGGAGGUUGACGCUGGCAUCAGCGAUUCCGCGUCAUGGCACGCCCGCUUCAAGCACUCGGCGUACGUCUUUACUGGCGGGCUUGACUACGGCCUCACCGAGGGAGACCUGCUGGCUAUCUUCGCGCAGUAUGGCGAGAUCGUGGACCUCAACCUCAUACGUGACAAGGACACCGGCAAGUCGAAGGGCUUCGCCUUCCUGGCUUACGAAGACCAGCGCAGCACUGUGCUGGCAGUGGACAACCUGAACGGCGCCAAGGUGGUGAAACGCACCAUCCGUGUCGAGCACGUGGACAACUACAAGAAACGCAAAGCGGAGAUUGAGGGUGAAGACCCUGACGCUGUGGAGGAGGAGGAGGAGGAGGAUGCCCAGGAGGGCCGCGGUGGUGACGUGCGGGCAGCAGGAGCAGCGGGCGACGCGCCAGGUGGUCCGGGUCCUCCGCCCCCUCGCCGCGGCCGCAGCCCCCCGCCUGCCGCACCCCCUUCCCGGGCUGGUGGUGGUGGGUUGGCGGCUGAGCCCUGGGCGGCCGCCGGCUCCAUCUUCUCCCUCAUGGAGGAGGCCAGGCAGAUGGAGGCGGCGAAGAAGGCUGGCCGGAAGUCGGAGGGGCGGGAGAAGGACCAUCCCUCGGGAGCGGCCGCUGGCAGCAGCGGCAGAGGGCAAGCAGCCAGCGAGCGGCCCGGCACUGCUCGCGGGGAGCAGCGGCAGGCAGCUGAUCGCGAGCGUGAUGUGCGCGACCGGGAACAUGACCGGGACCGGGAUCGGGAGGAGCGUGGUCGCUCUGCGGGAGCCCCUGCUUCUCGCUCCUUUGGCCCUCCGCGGCCCCCUCAGCGCCCGUCAGCUGCGGAGGAGCCCGCUGGGCAGGGUCCGGCUAGCACCCGAGGGGGCGGUGGCAGUGGCGCUGGGGGUCGCUAUGAGAGCGCGGCCAGCAUGCGGGAUGAUGG